AUGUCAUCGGAACGAAGUGGUCCGAACGGAUCUCUUGAAGAUAACGGUGACUAUCUUCCAUUAGAAGUAAUUGGUGAUGAGAGUUCAUUGGAUGAGAAUCAUGUAUGCGAAGAUGUUAUUAUGUCAAUUACGAACAAACAUGUUCAAUGUUUAGCAAGAUUUUCGAAUAACGAGCUCCUUGCCAAGGACACAAUCGGUCAAAAUGCUCUUCACAUGGCUGCUCGUGUUGGAGAUUUGAAUAUUUUGAAGUACUUACUGGACAGACUUCCCGAGCUGAGGGACAUCCAGUCAGCGAAUGGAGAGACUGCUGCUCAUAUAUCUGCAGCUCAUGGAGACAUGCGUGCUCUUGAAAUGUUGCUCGGAGGACCAUUAAAAACCACAAUGAAUUGUGCAAUGACACGCGAUAUCAAUGGAACUUCUAUCCUAAUGGCAUCUGUUGCUCGUGGAGACACUGAAAUGGCCAUCUGGUUACUUCGGAAAUUCGGAAAAGGUCUUGCACUUCUCGAUAACAACUGCAAAAUGUUGCCAGUCCAUGUGGCAGCUGCACAAGGAAAUAUCGAAUUCCUUCGUGCUGCAAUCAAGUUUGACAACCAAAUGGUGAAUGCAAGAGAUGAAUUUGGAUGUACUCCAUGUGUAUAUGCAGUACAAGGAGGAUGUCUGGGAACUGUUCGAUUUCUAGUCGAAAAGGCAAGAAGUGAAAUGGGAUCAGUUAGUAAUAGAGGACAGUCACUUCUUCAUAUCGCUUGUUUAUGUGGACAUGAGCAUAUUGUUCGAUGGAUUCUCAAUCGAUCGGGUUCUGAUUCCAUUCUGUGGACAACAAAUGAUCGAGCAAAUGCUAUUCAUUGUGCUGCUUAUGCUGGAAGUGUUCCAGUUCUUUCUCAACUUCUGAGUGCAUUCAGUAAAAAGAAGAGACAUUAUGUGAUGACAUUGAGAGAUACACGUGGAAACACUCCUCUUCAUCUGGCUUCAAUGAAUAAUCAUUUGGAUGCUGCACUCUAUAUGCUUGAAAACGGAGCUGAUCCAGCUCUAAUCAAUUCAAAUGGACAUUCACCUCAAUCAAUUGCUGCCCUCCGUCAUCACAGAGAAAUGGAGAGACUUGUUGCAGCAUAUCAAGGAAAGAAGAGAAAGAGUAAAUCAAAGAAGAAGUCGCAAUCGAUGCAUGAUCUCUCUCAAUUCACUUCUCUCCAAAGUGGUCCAUUGAGUCCAGGAGGUGUUACGAGUUAUUCAAGUAACACGAAUGGAUUCGAGACAACCGAAAGAAGAGCAUUCUCGCCCAGAGAGCUCAGUUCUGGAUACUCGAGUAAUGGAGAUGUCGCUGAGUCUAUAAAAAGCGAGGCUGAAAUCGUUCGUCACCGACUCAGAUUCAUUGAGGAUGACGUGGAUUCUCUUCGUGAUACUGGGGCUCAAACAGAUAUGGAUCUUCUUCAAACUCAUGUGAAAGUACUUGAUGAUAAGACAUGGGCAGGUCUUGGUCUCUCAGCAGUUGAACAUAUUGAUCGAGUUCUUGAUGAACUUGAAUUCCAAGAAUAG